AUGGUCAAAGUUGCAAUCGCUGGCGGGUCUGGAAACAUCGGUGCGAAUAUCGUUGAUGCCAUCCUCGCGGCGGGAAAACACACCCCUAUCAUACUCUCUCGGUCGUCCAAGCCCAUCGAAUCGAAAGCCGAAGUUCGUGUGGUCGACUACUCGAACCACACCAGCCUCGUCUCCGCACUUGAAGGUAUUCACACCGUCAUCGUCACUCUCUUCACCGCGAAUGCGACGGAAGCGGCUGGAAGCCAGCUCGCCCUCCUCAAGGCAGCGAAAGAAGUAGGCGUAAAGAGGUUUGCGCCGUCUGAGUGGGCCGCCAGAGACAAUACUACCUUCUACGUGUACCCUCCCAAGAUCGAAGUCUGGGACGCUGUGAAGAGGUCUGGGCUAGAAGUGACGCGGUUCAUUCCAGGCAUCUACAUCAACAUGUUCGCCGGUGGAUCCAACCUGCCCACCGAAAGGGAAGCUGUCGCCCAUUUCGAACCUGGAAAGCUGCUCCUCGAUGUCCGUGCCGGAACCGUGUACAUUCCAGGAGACGGUACGGAGAAGAUGGCGUUUACCUCCGCUCAGGACACUGGGAAAUUUGUCGCUGCGAGCCUGGAUCUCGAUAAGUGGGAGGACGAGAGUGGUAUCGUGGGAGAGACGACGACGUGGAAUGAGGUCAUAGAUGUCGCGGAGAAGAUAACUGGGAAGAAGUUACAGAGGACUUACCUCAAGGAGGGUGAUAGCGAGACGGCGAAGAAGUUGCUAGAGAGGGACUUCUAUUCUUCGGUAUCUUACCCUGCUCUCACCAAGUCCGUCGUCGCUGGCCACUGGGUCGUGGAACCGACCUUGAACAACAGACUACCCGACAUCCACCCACUCACCGUUGAGCAAUAUCUUCGCAAGUACUGGGAGGGUGCAGACUGGUCAACCCCCGUUAGUGCCGUAUGA